AUGAAAGAUGCUAUUUUCUUAUGGGAAGACGGAAGGUCCUGGAAAGAUUUUGAAGGUAUCAAUGAAAAGCGCGGUUUUCUAAUUGAUGGAGAUAAAUACAGGGUCCAUGCUAAGGAAAUCAAAUCUGAUUUUCCUGAUUUCAAUCUUUUUAGUUCUAUGCUGGAAAAAUCUGCAGCGAGAAAGCUUGAGGAAAGGGUUGAUGAUGUGGAUGCUACGGUAGAAUCUGACGUGGCUGCUGACAUGAUAGCUCAGUUGGAUGAUACUGGCCUAAUCCUUUGGGAUGCUUCAAAGACAGAAACAACUGACUCUGAUUUUAAAAGGAACUCUUUAGCUGGCAGUUUGGGGCGUUCAAGAGUGAUGGACUCACAGUUUCAUGUGGUAGCUGAACUUUCGGGAGCAAUCAUAGGAGUUCAUGAGGAGGAUCGUAGAAACGAAGCAGCUGCAACUAUUAAGAAGCAAAUCGACAGAAAGGAAAAGGAGUGA